AUGUACCUUCCCCAUAUUCAGAGUAUGCUCAUCCUUAAUGUCAUGAGUCAAGGAUUUAUCGUUACUGUGUCCGGUUGGGUAGCAGGCCAGUUGUGUGUUGUCGCAGACAGCCCCAGAACCAUCACAGCAUUGCUUCCAUCCUCACAUAGUUUUGCCAUUCAAGAAUACGUUCGAAUCUCAGAAGAAGAACAUCAAGUGGUUGAACACGCAAACUCCAAACUUCCUAACCCAGGGUGGGUGAGGAUCAAAUAUGGCAAGUACAAGGGCAACAUAGGCUACAUUUUUGAUUCCGAUCAAUCUAAUGGUCUCAUCUCCAUCUUAAUCGCUUUCUGGGACUUUCCCCAUCCCAUGCCUGGUGGAUCUGUGGCUCUACUUGACCAAUGCCUCCUCCCUAAUGACCAGGCUGUUCAUGAUAUUCUCCAUGAUGGGAAAGACAUGCCCUUCAUCAGGAAAACACUGCGAUUUUGUCGGGAUUAUUGCAGGAGAAAUUCACUCAAAGGUCCAUACUUGGGUCUGGAAGGCCACAUCAUUCAAAUAAGCAAUGAUAUGUUCCACAUUUAUCAGGCAGUCUCCAAAGAAGAGGUGCUUGUUUUGAGAUACUACUUAGAUCGUUGCCCCUUGCAUCAGAUCUUUCACCCACAGCUAUCCAUGCAGCAGUGCUUCGAACCUCCCCCUCAGUCCAAAUCUAUACAAGUAGGAGAUCACAUAGAAGUACUUGUGGGUGAGCAUUUCAAGAAAUGCGGCAUCGUGGAGUGGUUCCCCACUGGGAGCACAAUGCUAUGGUUCCGGGAUAUGGACCCUAUGUUAUCUGGGGAUGAUGUGGGUACUAGUGUUGGACUGUUAAGAAUUCAAGUUCCUAUAGCAGUCAUUCAGUGGACCAAGCUCCCUGAUACCUUCAAAUACACACAGGGAAGGGGCUACAAUGUGAGGCCUGGAGAUGUCAUCAACAUCCCAAUCAGAUUUAUGAUAAAGGUAUGCAACGCGAAGUUGGAUUCACUCGAUAAUAUCAUUGGCCAAGUUUUCAUUGUUGGGGGUGAUUGGAAGGGCUACUGA